AUGUUCGGUGUUCCUAGUGUAGUAAUGAAACGUCUAUUCAACCAAAGAAACUCGAAUUUCUAUUCGGCCGACGAGGUGUUCAAAGAAGAGAACAAGAACCGAACGGCCCGGAAAUUCGCCAGCCUGAAACCGCUCAGAAUGACUGCACACCAGCCCACGUCAAAGGCCGCCGUAUUGAUUCCGCUGUGCAACGUCGAAGGAAAAGCCUCGCUGCUGUACACUCUAAGAGCGGCCCAUUUGAAAACCCACCGAGGGCAGGUCAGUUUCCCGGGGGGCAAGCAGGACGCCGGCGACAAAAGCUUAGAAGACACCGCCCUGCGGGAAACCGACGAAGAAUUAGGCAUACCGGCACACAGCGUGGACGUUUGGGGUAGCGGUAGUUUGAUAAUAUCCAGGCGAAAAGUGACUGUAUUGCCGGUUAUCGGUAGGAUUUUAGGUGAAAUUAAAACGGGGGAUUUGAACGUAAACGCGUCGGAAGUGGAGGAUGUGUUCGCGGUGUCUUUGGAGGAUUUGUGCAAUCCUGCUAAGCAGGGUUAUACGCAAUUCAGGAGCGGGGCUUCCUUGCCGGUGUUUUUGGGUGGAAAGCGAAGGAUUUGGGGCCUUACGGCGGUUAUAACGAACAGGUGUUUAUCAUCGUUGCUGCCUCCUCAAGCGUAUUCGCACAAAAUUAAAUAUAUCCCGCCUUUUCGAAGCAACACACUUUAA